GAAUACGUUAGGAAGUCUGCUCACUGUCUCCAGGGAGCCGUUCCACUAUUUUCCAGAAGAGAAGCGGGACAUGUGCGGGAAUUUUCAAUUCUGCCUGUCUUCGAGCGGAGGUCUUCCUCACCAGCGUCCGAACACAAAUCAGCUGCGACCGCUUGUGGCAGAUGUUCUGAAUAAAUACUCGAAGUGCGUUCCUCCGCGGUCCCACGGACGCCUGCUCCUCAUAUAGAGUUCCAGAGGAACGUCAUUUGCGCGUUCGGCAGUCCUAGGGAGCUCGCAGCGAGCCAGAAACACUCCUUAGUUAGUUGAAUUUCUGAUUCGCGCUUGUUGAAAGAGUCAACAAACCAGCGUAUUGAUAUUGUUGACCGUAGCUGAGCGGCCUCUCCGGAAUGGUGUCGUCGCUCGGUCGCUGAUUCAUCUGGCCGAGAACCCGGAGUUUCCGAUUUUUGUGGGAAAAGUCGCGAGUCCACUCAACAACCGGAAAGCUCGAUCAGUGACCGUGGAGUCUCUUGUGGUGCCUGUUGUAGGAUCGUCUCUGCGUUCCCCAAGUUGGGUCAGUACUUUAAAAUGAGUGAGACCUCUCCGCCGGAGGACAACGCAGAAACGAGCCCGGCCGCCGUACCCGCUGUUCCCGACGAAGGCUACGCUUUUCUGAAUGAAGAAGCUGUACAGCACAUGGUUGCCCGGGCGAAGGCAACCGGCAGUUUCUCGGAACUCAUUCGGACGCUAGGGAAAAUUUUCUCAGAUUAUUGUGCGCUGAAGCAAUCCUUCCAGCGAGAACGCGCGCCGAGACCACCUAUCCGGGAUGGAGCACCUAAAGAAGAAACGCGGGCUCAGACAGAGGAGGACAAAGACAUUGAUUCUUCCGAGUCCAGAAGGGAAUCACUCGGAUCGGUCGAUUCUGAGUUGGAUGACGGAAUCAUAGAUUUGACCCCUGACAUCGACGCCCUUCGGCGAAGUUACACCAUCUUGUUCGAGCUCGAAGAGCAAGAUGGCAGUAAGCCAGCCGUACGACCAGUGGUAAACACCGUGCCAUCAUUGUGCAGAGGUCUGGAGAUGGAUUUCGUUUCUAGUCGACUGAACAUUAACGAUCCGGGUCUGAUAAACGUCAUUGUAUUCGUCAUGGAGCUCCCCAUGCUCGAAAUUCCGGACCUCUCGGAUGUUCUGCCUUCUUUGUGCAAUCUGAUUACGAAAUUCCCCAUGUCGGCUCAAGCGAGAUUUUCGCGGAUUAUGGCGGUCUUACUCAGAGACAAUCCGGCCCGCCUCCAACAGUACGUAUACACUGUGCAACAGCUCAUCACGACGAGACUACUCAGCGGGGUAUUCCGAUUGGGCUACAUUGUAAAUGAGGACAGUCUGGUUUGCGACGCAACACGAUUUCUGAGGAUUCUCUUCGCUGUUGAUAUCCUCGCUGGUGACAUGGAGCCUCGGCUUGUAUAUUUUGUGGAAAAUGAGGAAGAUGAAUCUGACGUUGUGCCGGACUUCGUGCUGAACAACGAUGACGACGAGCCCCGGCUGCCACCGGGCUACAGCAAGCUCGACCCGUUGUUUGUGGAGCUCGGCAUCGAUACCCUCGACUGCAGGAAGCCGCUCAUCGAACUCGACGAGUUCUACAACGAGCUUCUAUCGGACCAAUUGCUGAUUGAGCAUGACUACAGCAACUACCGGGAAGGGAAUCCGAGCGAGAAGUUCUCCUUCCUGUUCUGUCCCUUCAUUCUGACACCGUCAGCCCGUAUUCAAGCUCUGAACUUGGAUAAUCGAAUAAAAAUGUCGAAUCAUAGGACACGCAGCUACCUCUCGUCCCUAAUGCACGGUGAACUACUUAACCCCGUGCUGAAACUCCGCGUUCGGCGGGAGCAUAUUGUCGAAGACGCCCUUGUAAACCUCGAAUGGGUUGCUCUUGAAAACCCAACCGAUCUCAAGAAGCAGCUCGUCGUAGAAUUCGACGGAGAACAAGGUGUCGAUGAAGGCGGAGUGUCGAAGGAGUUUUUCCAGCUGAUAGUGGAACAGUUGUUCAACAUUGAUUAUGGGAUGUUCACGGUGGAUGAAGAAACUCAGAGUUAUUGGUUCAAUCAGAACUCAUUUGAGAACGACGCACAGUUUUCAUUGAUCGGUAUCAUUUUGGGGCUGGCCAUCUACAAUAAUGUCAUCCUGGACAUUCGUUUCCCUAUGGUUGUUUACCGCAAGUUGUUCGGAGUGAGAGGCACCUACAGGGAUCUAUUAGACUACCGGCCCACCCUCGCUAGGGGAUUGCACCAGCUUCUCAUGUACAGUGAACCUGACAUAUGUGAUGUUUUCGAUCAAACUUUCCGAGUCAACUACAUAGACGUCUUCGGAAAUUAUCUGAGCCAUGAUCUCAAAGCAGAAGGAGAUGGUAUUCGCGUCGAUCACACCAACAAGGUCGAAUUCGUGGAGCUAUACGCGGAUUAUUUAUUGAAUAAGUCGGUAGAACGACAAUUCAAUGCCUUCAAAAAAGGAUUCGAUAUGGUCACCAAGGACAGCAAGCUCACCAAAUGGUUCAGUCCGGAAGAGUUGGAGCUUCUGGUAUGUGGGCAAGAAGAUUUCGAUUCAAAGGGGCUGCAACAGAGCUGUGAAUACGAUGGGUAUUCCGCUGAUUGCGAGGUGAUCAAAUGGUUUUGGGAAGUUGUCCAUGAAAUGAGUGACGAGGAGAAGAAGCAGUUCCUGCAGUUCACCACUGGAAGUGACCGAGUUCCGGUGGGUGGGCUCGCGAAGCUGCGGAUGAUCAUUACGAGACACGGACCGGACUCAGAUCGGCUCCCGUCCUCGCAUACUUGCUUCAACGUGCUCCUGCUGCCCGAGUACUCGUCUAGGGAGAAACUCAAGGAGAGAUUGCUCAAAGCGAUCUCUUAUUCUAAGGGAUUCGGCUUGAUGUAAGCGAGAAACUUUGCGUGUGGGCUGAUAGGAGUCACUAGGAGUCAAUCCGACAGGAACGGGGUCGAAUGUGUAGAGUCAAGUCCUAUUCGAUCGAACCGCAGUCAGACCUGCGACGGAGACUUUUGUACUUACGACUGGUGAUGAUUGGAGGGAUAGAGGAAGAUGAAACACCGAAUCCAGGGACAAUAUCCUCUCAGGAGACCUUUCUACGAGCCGGCGCUUGAGCUCGGUACCACAACGGGAUUUCAUAAAUAAAUCUUGUAUGUCUUGGAGGAGAUUUUAC